AUGGCGGACGACUUCGGCGACAGACGCUCGCGCCUCGCCGCCUGGGAGGAUUUGAAAUUCGAACAAAGGCAAAACAAAAACAGCCAGAAAAACAAUGAUAAAAAGAUGCGCGGGCGCGUGCCGCUACGACAUGUGCACGCGCCUUACGUGGGACGCGCGAAGGGGGGGGCGGGGGUAGAGGGGGCGGGGUGCGCUAACGGGCCACACGCGCCACGUGCCGCCGUUAUGUGCACCGAUGCCCGCCAGAGGGCGCAGGGGCGACCCCUCGCAUGCGCACCC